AUGUCACAUGCCACAACCACGGUCACACCUCACUGUCAUCUGCCAGGAUGUUUGUGGAACAAAACUGACCUUGACGACUCAGUCUGGCGCUCAGGAAUAUCGUCACCAGUUUUUUCACCUCCAUGUCAUCAGAACGAGAGGGACAUCUUCAUGGACAGCAUUGUCACAGGACUGCGGCUCCGUCGAGCUGAAGAAGCCGAGAAAAUCAACUCUAAAGUGUUUUCUACGGAGUGUGGCUCAUUGGGCAGCCCCAAAGUUAAGAUGAUUUGGGUUUUUUUUUUUGUUUGCAAUAUUUUCAGCAGAAAGAAGGCAUUAUUACAUGGAUGCAGUGAACAGAUGGGUGAAGCAACGAAUGGGUCAGGAACAGGACACAGUGUGAAGCUGUUACCAGGAUAA